AUGAUCGAAGUAUACCGGCAUGUUAGCAGUCGCAGUAUCGCCCAGGAGCUGAAGAUCGAACACAAAACAGUUUUAAACCAUUUGCAUAAAGCUGGAUUCAAAAAAAAGCUAGAUGUUUGGGUACCACACGAAUUGAUGCAAAAAAACAUGAUGGACCGAAUUUCAAUCUGCGAAGUCUUGACCAAACGGAACGAAAUCGAGCCAUUUCUGAAACGGAUGGUGACUGGGGAUGAGAAAUGGAUUACAUACGACAAUAUUGUGCGAAAACGAUCGUGGUCAAAGCGUAGUGAAACGGCUCAAACGGUGACCAAACCAAGAUUAACGGCCAGGAAGGUUUUGCUGAGUGUUUGGUUGGACUAUAAAGGAAUCACCCACUAUGAGCUGCUUUCAUAUGGCCAAACACUAAAUUCGGACCUCUAUUGUCAACAAUUGGACCGUUUGAAGCUAGCGAUCGACCAGAAGCGGCCAGAAUUGGUCAAUAGGAGAGGAAUUGUUUUUCAUCAGGACAAUGCCAGGCUACAUACGUCUAUAAUGACUCAUCAGAAACUCCGAGAGCUUGCACUACCCAGGAUGCACCGCGUGGAGGUACAGCCCGCUUAG